CGGCUGCUCGCGAGCUGCUGCCGCUCCUUUUCCUUUCCUUUUUUCCUUUUCCUUUUCCGGGUGCACGGCGAGGAGAAAGUCUCUAUGCAACUCAGCCCCGGCGCGCACUUCACCAGGUAUGUACCUCGGGCAAGGCGCCUUCUGCGCGGAGGCAGAUGCUGCAGCCGCCACGGCGGCGGCGGCUGCCAGCUCCCGGGCUCUGUAACUGUCACACUGCACCUGAGCUGAACUUGAGAGUGAAGGGGCGAUUGGGCGAACGCUUUUGGCAGGCACAUACGGUGUUUGUAGACGUGGAGGAGGAGGAUCUACAUUAACGCCUCCCACCGAGCCCACCGCACAUCACCUCCAUCUCUGCACAUACUGGAGGAGUAGAGCGCCAACCCGACUCCCAGAGACGUGGGGCAGCCGGCUGUGACCGCAUCUGCGAAGCUACAACAGGUCAUCUUUUGGAGACUCCUUUGGCGGGAAGGGCUACUCGGAAAGAGAAGGUUUGAAAGAACAAAAAGGUAAGGUGACAGAGUUCCCUUACUCCUCAGAAUAGCACUGGGUAACUUCUCUUCCUUUUCUCUCUCCUGCUGUACAUACUGACCCCUUAUUAUCCAUACUGUCACGGGAGAAAUCAAAGACACCUGUUUGAAGAAACUGCUGCCUUUAAAGUCACCUGUGUGUUUAGUUGCACCAGGAGGUGGCCUGGUCCAACUUCUGGUGGAGGUUUGGUUAGAUUUUAUUGAGGAAAAUUGUUAAGACUUUUUUUGUUGUUGUUAUUCCAAAUACCUGACUGUGAAGGAAACUUGACCUCCUGAAAACUGACUUCAGUAGGAGCCCUACCUUUGAAAAAAGGGUAGUAUCUAUGAGCUACCUUUCCCGGCAUUUUGUUUGCUAUUUUGUUUGACUUGAGGAAGUGGUUAAGUUGCUGUUUGGUUGACAACUGUAGCAGUCUGAUCACCCUUGUUGUCUCCACUUCAAGAAAAUAUGGCGGCUGGUGUAGCAGCAUGGCUGCCCUUUGCAAGGGCAGCGGCCAUUGGGUGGAUGCCUGUGGCCUCAGGGCCUAUGCCAGCUCCUCCAAGACAGGAGAGGAAAAGGACUCAGGAUGCUCUGAUUGUGCUGAAUGUGAGUGGCACCCGUUUCCAGACAUGGCAGGAUACCCUGGAAAGGUACCCAGACACUCUGCUGGGUAGCUCUGAGAGGGACUUUUUCUACCACCCAGAGACCCAACAGUAUUUCUUUGACCGUGACCCUGACAUCUUCCGUCACAUCCUGAAUUUCUACCGCACUGGGAAGCUCCACUAUCCCCGCCAUGAGUGCAUCUCUGCAUAUGAUGAAGAAUUGGCCUUCUUUGGCCUCAUCCCAGAAAUUAUUGGCGACUGCUGUUAUGAGGAGUACAAGGACCGCAGACGGGAGAACGCAGAGCGUCUGCAGGAUGAUGCUGAUACUGACAACACGGGAGAGAGUGCCCUGCCAACCAUGACUGCUCGGCAGAGGGUGUGGAGGGCCUUUGAGAACCCCCAUACCAGCACCAUGGCGUUGGUCUUCUAUUAUGUUACGGGGUUCUUCAUUGCCGUUUCAGUCAUUGCCAAUGUGGUCGAAACAGUGCCAUGUGGGUCUAGCCCAGGGCACAUUAAAGAACUGCCUUGUGGAGAGCGGUACGCGGUGGCCUUCUUCUGCUUGGAUACUGCGUGUGUCAUGAUCUUCACUGUUGAGUACUUGCUUCGCCUGGCUGCAGCACCUAGUCGUUACCGUUUUGUGCGUAGUGUCAUGAGUAUUAUAGACGUGGUGGCCAUCCUGCCUUAUUACAUUGGGCUGGUGAUGACAGACAAUGAGGAUGUCAGCGGAGCCUUUGUCACACUCCGAGUGUUUCGAGUCUUCAGAAUCUUUAAAUUUUCCCGCCACUCUCAAGGCCUGCGCAUCCUGGGGUACACACUGAAGAGCUGUGCCUCAGAAUUGGGCUUCUUGCUCUUUUCGCUCACCAUGGCUAUCAUCAUUUUCGCAACAGUUAUGUUCUACGCAGAGAAAGGGUCUUCAGCCAGUAAGUUCACCAGCAUCCCAGCAGCCUUUUGGUACACCAUCGUCACCAUGACAACACUAGGGUAUGGUGACAUGGUACCAAAAACUAUAGCAGGGAAGAUCUUUGGUUCCAUCUGCUCGCUAAGUGGGGUAUUGGUCAUUGCUUUACCUGUUCCAGUGAUCGUAUCCAACUUCAGUCGGAUCUACCACCAAAACCAACGAGCAGACAAACGAAGGGCACAAAAGAAAGCCAGGCUGGCCAGGAUCCGGGCUGCCAAAAGUGGCAGUGCCAAUGCUUACAUGCAGAGCAAACGGAACGGGUUACUCAGCAACCAGCUGCAGUCCUCGGAGGAUGAGCAGGCCUUUGUGAGCAAGUCUGGCUCCAGCUUUGAAACCCAGCACCACCACCUGCUUCACUGCUUGGAGAAAACCACGAAUCAUGAAUUUGUGGAUGAACAAGUUUUCGAAGAAAGCUGCAUGGAAGUUGCAACUGUCAAUCGUCCUUCAAGUCACAGUCCCUCGCUCUCUUCACAAGGAGUCACCAGCACUUGCUGUUCACGACGACACAAAAAAAGUUUCCGCAUCCCAAAUGCCAAUGUUUCAGGAAGUCAUCGAGGCAGUGUGCAAGAACUCAGUACAAUUCAGAUCAGAUGUGUGGAGAGAGCACCGCUUUCUAACAGCCGAUCCAGCUUAAAUGCCAAAAUGGAAGAGUGUGUCAAACUAAACUGUGAACAACCAUAUGUGACUACAGCAAUAAUAAGCAUCCCAACACCUCCAGUAACCACACCAGAAGGCGAUGACAGGCCAGAAUCUCCUGAGUACGCAGGAGGAAAUAUUGUCAGAGUGUCUGCUUUGUAAGACAAUUGGAAUAGUUUUAAGAGCAUUUGAGCCCUGGCUAUGGAAAGAAUCUCAAUGUAGAAGAAAGAAAAAACAAUAAACCUUCUGCAGAUUGAGAAAGCAAAGCAAGAAGGUUGGUAAUGAAAAAAAAAAUUAAAACUUCCAGACUUGAGGAUGUGAAUAAAACCACCAAAUGGCAUUUCUAGACAGUUUGACCUGUAAACAGAGGGAUAUUCUGUGGCCCUUUGACUUUGUGAAUGAGCACAAUGAAAUGCCGUCUACUGAUGCUUAUGAUCAGAACUCUUUUUUAAUAAAAAAAUAAAAUAAAUCUUUGAACAUAAUGUUCCAGUUGAAUGCAAAACAAAAAAUAUGGAAAACAUUUUGAUAAAAAUUUUUCCUGUUAAAACCAUGAACAUUGGCUGUGAUGAAGAUUAUUACAUAUGAAAAAAACUCAAAUGACCCAUUUGUAUUGACUGGAGGAAACCAUCCUAAUGCAUGCUAGAAUUCUUUGGAGCAGUGAUCUCAGUUUCCUUAUGUUGUCUUCAGACUAGGCAUGAUAAAUUAUAAAUGUAGAAGGGGGAAAUUUCUGUGCACUUACAAGCUGAUUGUUCCUGUUCCAUGGUGGGGUGUGCAAAUAAACUCCUUUUAGAACUGCAGUAUUUCUCAUGGGGAUACUCAUAAAUAACUCUAAAGUGUUCAGAUAGUUCAGUAUUAGUUAUCAUUUCACCUUGCACUUAGUCACUGUUACAACUGCAAUAAUUCAUUGUACACUUGUCAUAUCAGGAUUCAAAAUUUUUUUUGUUGGACUUUCCAGACCUUCAUAGAUACAAUAAGACCCACAUUAUAGGCAAACUUCUAGUGUGGCCAGGUUUUAGGUGACAUUUUAAUCCAGAACUAUUGUGUCAUUGACGUUCUUCAGUAUUAUUCUUUUGUCUACUGUAUUUCUGUGUUCCUGUAUUUUUAUGGCACCUUUCUAUUGGGUUUAUCAUCAUCAAGGGGACUAGCGUUUACUGUAGUUCAAAUAACUUUCCCACUUUUGUAUUCCCCAACAAGUUAUCUUGUAAGUAGCUUGUCAUCAAUCCCCUUGUCAAAAACUAGAGAAAAGGAGUUGACACCUAUGAAAUAUCUUUGCUGGUUAUGGAAAAGCCCAGACACUGGAAAUAUCAGUGUGUGUUUCAGGAAAAGAGUUGACUGGGACUAAAAUCACAGGAUCAUUGAUCUCAGAAUCUUGCUUGAUGUAUUAUUUAUUUUGUUUUAGAUCUUGAAUACAUUUUGAGAAUAACUAAUGUGAAUUGAGAUGCAGAGAUAAACUGGAGUGCUUCAUGUAGCAAUAUUUGAUGAAAGCAUGCUUUCAACGCCAUUCAGGAAGGCAGCACCAAUUCAUCUCAGACAAUUUCUUGUGUGUUGCAAGGUGCAAUGUUCUCCACUAAAUCUGGAGAAUAGGAGUUUGAUGAUGCAAACUUGACCUCUGUGUACACUUAAGUGAAAAGUCUUUAUAUCUUUUCACCCUUAAACUAUAUCAGCAGACAUUUCUGCACGUGACAGUGUAAAAAAAGUUCUAUGUCAAAUAAAAAGUUUUGUUCAUUCAAAGCCAUCACUGUAAGGAAGGAAGCUUAGUUUCUGUAGAAAGAAAGAGUUAGUAAUUAUCUCUCUAAUACAGAGAUUUUAAAAUGCUUAUCCUAACUUAUCAUAAGAAGGAAUUAAUCCAACCAUUUUCAAGUAAAUCCAGAAAUUCUUGCUUCCCAUUUCUAGAAUAGCCUCCAGAACAGUGCUAUGCACACAGUAGACCUUACUAAACAUUUGCUGAGUAAAAGUAAAAUAAACUCAGCUGUGUCUUGGGAAGAACUGGCUUUAUUCCUAGUGUAUCUUCUAAAAAGUUACUAAUAUUCCAGGACGUGAAUAUUAACAAUUAUAUUAACAUCUGCCUCUUGUCACUUUAUGCUUCUCGUAGAGCAAAUAUAUAGUGAAACCUCUUUGAUGGCAUUUACUGAAAAUCUUUUCUAAAAGUAGGCUAAGGAAACUACAACCAGGAAUAAUUAACACCUUUUGAUUCCCAAUAAGAGGUUCUAUUUUCAUGUUCUUAAUAUUGCAUAAAAGAAAGUGCAUUUAGGUUAUUUUGUUUGACAGUUCUGCCACCUGCUUUGACUUAUCAUUUAUCCAAAAUUAUUAAUUUCUUUAGACUUUUGGAGAAGAAAAAAAACUUUUUGAUGUUUUAGGUGAUUUAAAAAUACACUGUGUUGGUGGUGAAUGACUAUUGAUGACUGUGUUAAGUGCAUCUGUAUUGUAAGUGAAAUGUAAUUAUUUCUGUGUAUCAUAUGGAGUAACUAAGGUCAUUGUUAUUUGACAAUUUUGUUUGAAAUUCAUGUAUCUUAUUUCAAAGGAUAGCAUAAUAUCUGCAUUAUGCUGGAAAAAAUAGACCUUUGGAGAAUACUUAAAUAAAACAUGUGCAUGCUUGAACAGGAC